AUGGAGGAAACAAAAGAGGAAAAAGAUAAGUUGCCAGAAAGACACAAGAAAGUGAGAAAAAAAAUAAAUGAACUGGAAGGAACUAUUUCAAAACUGUCAGAGCUAAACAUAGCUCUUAAGAAAGCUGGAGUACUGAAAAUGGGAGUUAAAGAAGGCUUAGCAGAAAUAGCAUGUGACACAAAGAACUACGAUUGUAUGUACAAUAACUACCAAGCAUGUAAAAUAAAGAAACCACAAUAUGAGACACUCCCAGACAUUGAAACGCUUAAACCACCUAAGGUUCAAGUUGAAUUCGAAAAGAGCAUACUAGACGCAGCACUCAACUCUUUUCCGGAAUCAGAAUCAUUUAACCACGUUCGCUUAGAAUAUAUUGAAAGAUUGUCUAUUGAUACAGAUAUGUGUUCUUUUGCUGUUGACGAUUUAAUGAACAUAGAUGAGUUACCGAUCAUACUACAAGACAAACCCAAAACUGUUGAAGUGGACAAAAUUAGCAUUAACAACUACCGCGCCGGCACAAACAUUUGA